AUGUCAGCUUCAGGGGAGGGGCUUCAGAAUGCACUUGGGGAGGAGACAGAAUCUGAAGACGGACCCUCAGGACUAAGAACUAGACCAGCUGAACUCUCAGGUGUAGCUGUUGUAGGUGAUGUAGCUAGUGUAGAUGAUGUAGGUGAUGUAGCUGUUGGAGGUGAUGUAGAUGGUGUAGGUGAGGUAGAUGUUGUGGAUGAUGUAGAUGGUGUAGAGGGUGUAGGUGUGGAUGAUAUAGACGGGGUAGAUGGUGUAGGUGUAGUUGAUGUAGAUGGUGUAGUUGAUGUAGAUGGUGUGGGUGAUGUGAAUGAUGUAGCUGGUACAGAUGGUGUAGGUGAUGUAGAUGGUGUGGAUGAUGAAGAUGGUGUAGGUGUGGAUGCUGAAGCUGGUGUAGGCGAUGUAGAUGGUGUGGAUGAUGUAUAUGGUGUAGGUGAUGUAGAUGGUGUAGGUAAUGUAGAUGGUGCGGAUGAUGUAAAUGGUGCAGAUGAUGUAGAUGGUGCAGGUGAUGUAUAUGGUGUAGGCGAUGUAGAUGGUGUAGGUAAUGUAGAUGGUGCAGAUGAUGUAGAUUGUGUAGGUGAUGUAGAUGGUGUAGGUGUGGAUGAUGUAGAUGGUGUAGGUGUAGAUGGUGUGGAUGCUGAAGCUGGUGUAGGCAAUGUAGAUGGUGUAGAUGGUGUGGAUGAUGUAGAUGGUGUAGGUGAUGUGGAUGAUGUAGAUGGUGUGGACGAUGUAGGUGAUGUAGAUGGUGUAGGUGAUGUAGAUGGAGUGGAUGAUAUAGAUGGUGUAGGUGAUGUAGAUGAUGUAGAUGGUAUGGAUGACGUAGACGGUGUCGGUGAUGUAGAUGGUGUAGGUGUAGAUGGUGUGGAUGAUGUAGAUGGUGUAGGUGUUGUAGAUGGUGUAGGUGUGGAUGAUGUAGAUGGUGUGGAUGAUGUAGAUGUUGAAGGUGUUUUAGAUGGUGUAGGUGUUAUAGAUGGUGUAGGUGUGGAUGAUGUACCUGGUGUCGAUGAUGUGGAUGUUGUAGGUGUGGAUGACGUAGAUGGCGUAGGUGAUGUGGAUGAUGUAGAUGGUGCAGAUGAUGUAGAUGGUGUGGAUGGUGUAGGUGUGGAUGAUGUAGAUGGUGUGGAUGAUGUAGAUGUUGUAGGUGUGGAUGAUGUAGAUGGUGUGGACGAUGUAGAUGGUGUAGGUGUGGAUGAUGCAGAUCAUGUAGGUGAUGUAGACGGUGUAAGUGUGGAUGACGUAGGUGGUGUAGGCAUUGUAGUUUUAGGUUUCGUAGACGGUGUAGGUGUGGAUGUUGUGGAUGUUGUAGAUGGUGUAGGCAUAAAUGUUGUAGAUAGUGUAGGCAAUGUAGUUAUAGGUUUUGUAGAUGGUGUAGGUAUAGAUGGUGUAGAUGGUAUAGAUGAUGUAGGUGUAGAUGGCGUAGGUGUUGUUGAUAGUGUAGGUGUGGAUGAUGUAGAUGUAGAUGGUGUAGGCAAUGUAGUUUUAGGUUUUGUAGAUGGUGUAGGUAUAGAUGGUGUAGAUGGUAUAGAUGAUGUAGGUGUAGAUGGCGUAAGUGUUGUUGAUGGUGUAGGUGUGGAUGAUGUAGAUGGUGUAGGCAAUGUACUUUUAGGUUUUGUAGAUGGUGUAGGUGUAGAUGUUGUAGAUGGUAUAGAUGGUGUAGGUGUAACUGUUGUAGAUGGCAUAGAUGGUGUAGGUGUAACUGUUGUAGAUGGUAUAGAUGGUGUAAGUGUAGAUGGUAUAGAUGGUGUAGAUGGUAUAGAUGGUGUAGGUGUAGAUGUUGUAGAUGGUAUAGAUCAGGGGUCGGCAACCUUUUUGCCAUGUAGUGCCAAUUAGAAAUUUUCUUGUUAGUUAGUGUGCCAUUCAAAUAGGUGUUGUUAACUAUGUGUAAUUAGACACCACACAUUUUAGACGGAUAUGGAUAUUUAAUGCAUUGAGCAAAUGUAAAACACGAUUGCACUUGUUUUAUGCCAUUAACCUCACACACAAGGUUUAAGAACAUCCCACACACACACACACACACACACACACACACACACACAUUGGAUAACAGCAUUGCAAGCAGCUUAUACAAAUUCACAAAAUAACAUCCAAAAUCUUUCAGUAGGUAACAGGCCCAAGUUAUUCACAAUAAAGAUGUAGUAGCCUAAUGGAAAUGGAACUGAUGAAUAAUAAAACUACAGAAAAAAAUUUAAUAAUGAGUGUCAGAGAACAUUGACAAGUAGCCUACAUAAAGUGGCUUAACAAUAAACUACAAAUUUGAAGUAGCCUUGUUAUGAAAUAAAUGUGAUCCCUGGCCCUGCUUCCCCGUACUUAGCUCCGAGAUGUGGGGAUGGUAAUUGGCCACUGAGUUUUUGAGUUGGACGCAUGCUUCCGAAUGGCCUGUUGUCAGAUGACUUCGGGAGGGGCAAAGUGCAUUCUUCAUGUGCGAAAAUAUCUGUUCACACAGAUAUGUUGAUCCGAACACUGACAAUAAAGCCAGUGCGAUAUUGCGAAGACAGUUGAACUUUUCGGGUAAAGAUGCCCAGCAGGGUUCAUUGGCUUUAAACAGCAGAGCUCCUCUCUCACAGUCACAUCACGAUAUCUUGCCAUCACUGCCAAACGUGCCACAUCAUUCACAUCUACGCUUUGCUAAAUGCUAAACACCGCUGCAUCUUUUAUGCCAGUUGUUUGCUGCACCCUUACGUUUUCUGCCAUUUCACCAAUUCGUCGCUCAACAGUUCUGGCUGAUACAGGCAUGUCUUUUAUUCUUGAUUUUAUUGUCUCUUUAUUUGGCAGCCCCUCAAAAAGACUAUCCGAGCCGGAGAGAAAGGCCUCCUUAAUGUAUUCACCGUCUGUGAAUGGCUUUCCAUGUUUAGCUAUGCAGUGAGAAAUUAUAUAGCUAGCUUCAGUGGCAUUGCUUUUAGCUGAGGUAAAGACUGUUAAAGUGUGGGCUUGCUUCCCAUAUCCGCACACAGCGCGUGAGAUUGAUUCGUCCCUAUCUGCCUGAUCUUUGAAAGUCUUUUUGUGCUUUGCCUCGAAAUGACGUUUAACACUGGAUGUUCGACACACAGCACUUUCAAAACACAACGUGCACACAGCACGGUCCCGCUGAGAAACGAACCCAUAGUCUUUGGUCCACGAGGAGAGGAAAGCCCGGACUGUCGGCUUCUUUACCAUCUUAGCGCAACUGCUGCAUCGAGUGGGCCCAUCUCGUGAGAAAUAUGGGGAGGGGGCAGUGUUGCCAGAUUGGGCGGUUUUAAGCGCAUUUUGGCGGGUUUUGAACAUAUUUUGGGCUGGAAAAGGUCAGCAGUAUCUGGCAACACUGGGAGGGGGGCGCUAUAUUGUUGUGUAGUCAUGCUAAAAGAGCAGGCUCGCCAUGCAACAGCCAAUGACAGUUCAAGAUGACGUUUGAACAUUUUUUAAUGUGUUGAAUAAUUAGGUUUGUGCAUCAUCGUCAGUGUGCCACUGGAAAUUCCUCGGCGUGCCAGUUGUGGCACGCGUGCCUAGGGCUGCUGACCCCUGGUAUAGAUGGUGUAGGUGUAGAUGUUAUAGAUGGUGUAGAUGGUUGUGGCAGUUCGGAGCAGGUGGGUGGACCACAGAGGACGGCAGGACAGAGAUCAAGUUCCAAUUUAGUAUUUAUUGUCACACUUUUCAGCAUAACAUUCGCUCUGACAGACACACACACAUACACACGACGGGUGUCUGUUCAGGGAAGAGCCCCUCUGCUCUCUGCUCUCCCUCCCUAUAUAGGGCACAGUCACUGGGAAGACACACAAAUACAGGUUAAUUGCUCUCAGGAGUAGUGAUUCUGCCACUCACCUUCCCUGACUCUGCCCUCCUGUCACAGACCGGCGCUUGACCAUGCCCCCGCUGCCACAUACCCCCACCGCCCGACUCCGGCCUGCAGCCGACUCCCCCCCCCCUCCCCUUGGCGGGAGAGGAAGUCCGCCACGACCAUCUGCGCCCCCGGCCUGUGGACCACCUUGAAAUUAAAGGGUUGGAGUGCCAGAUACCAACGGGUGAUCCGCGUGAUGGCAUCUUUCAUGCGGUGGAGCCACUGGAGGGGCGCGUGGUCCGAACAGAGGGUGAAAGGGCGCCCCAGCAGGUAGUACCGGAGGGCGAGGACCAUCCACUUGAUGGCCAGACACUCUUUCUUUAUGGUGCUGUAGCGCCCCUCAUGCACCGACAGCUUCCUGCUGAUAUACAGGAUGGGGCGGUCCUCCCCCUCCACCUCCUGGGACAAAACUGCCCCCAGCCCUCUGUCCGACGCAUCGGUCUGCAACAUAAAGGGGAGAGAAAAGUCAGGGGAGUGUAAAAGUGGCCCCCCACACA